CGGAGCCAGUCGAGCUCCAGGACGCUCCGUGGAGGAAGAUGGCGGUGGAGAUGCUGUCUGGACGCGGACCCCGACCCCAGCUCUGGAUUCGACCCUAAAAAACCCAAAUCCAAACCUCGAUGGAUAUAAAGGACAAGCAUGGACGCUUUCCUGACUUUUCUUCUUGACGGACGGACGCUGGUGGGGCGGUUUUGAGCCACGAUCCGUCUCGGGCUUGCUGGCCGGAGACUUUCCCCGCUGCGAGAGCUCGAGACGGGCGGAAAGUGGACCGAAAAAUGUCGGAUACGAAGGUAAAAGUAGCAGUGAGAGUUCGACCCAUGAACCGCAGAGAAAUUGAGCUGAAUACAAAAUGCGUGGUGGAAAUGGAGGACAACCAGACGGUUCUGCACGCGCCGCCCUCCAACGCAAAAGGAGACAACAGCAGGAAGCAGUCCAAGGUUUUCGCCUUUGACCACUGUUUCUGGUCCAUGGAUGAGUCCAACGUUCCCAAAUAUGCCGGUCAAGAGGUGGUGUUCAAGUGCCUUGGAGAGGGAAUACUUGAAAAUGCAUUCCAGGGAUAUAAUGCCUGCAUAUUUGCCUAUGGACAAACAGGUUCUGGCAAGUCCUUUUCCAUGAUGGGGAACGGAGAGCAGCCGGGUUUAAUCCCUCGACUGUGCUGCUCGCUGUUCAAAAGGGUCCAGCAAGAGGCCAACGAGGGCCACACUUUCAAAGUGGAGGUUUCCUACAUGGAAAUCUACAACGAGAAGGUCCGCGACCUGCUGGAUCCCAAAGGCCGGCAGUCUCUGAAGGUCCGCGAACACAAAGUCCUGGGCCCCUACGUGGACGGUUUGUCUCAACUGGCCGUGACCAACUUUGAGGACAUCGAGGUGCUCAUGUCGGAGGGGAACAAAUCUCGCACAGUGGCGGCCACCAACAUGAACGAGGAGAGCAGCCGAUCUCACGCCGUCUUCAGCAUCAUCGUCACGCAAACGCUCUACGAUCUACAAUCCGGGAAUUCCGGGGAGAAGGUGAGCAAGAUGAGUCUCGUCGACUUGGCAGGAAGCGAGCGAGUGUCCAAGACGGGAGCGGCCGGCGAGCGACUCAAAGAAGGCAGCAACAUCAACAAGUCUCUGACCACAUUAGGUUGUGUGAUUUCGGCGCUAGCUGAUCAGUCUGCAGGAAAGGGGAAGGCCAAAUUUGUGCCUUACAGAGACUCAGUCCUCACCUGGCUUCUCAAGGACAACCUAGGCGGGAACAGCAAGACGGCGAUGAUAGCCACAGUCAGUCCUGCAGCAGACAACUACGAAGAAACCCUUUCCACUCUGCGUUACGCCGAUCGAGCGAAGAGGAUCGUCAACCACGCCGUCGUGAACGAGGACCCCAACGCCCGCAUCAUCCGAGAGCUCCGAGAGGAGGUGGAGAAGCUUAAAGUGCAGCUGUCUCAGGCCGAGUCCUUGAAGGCUCCCGAGCUGAAGGAGAAGCUGCAUGAAUCUGAGAAACUCAUCAUGGAGAUGACGGUCACCUGGGAGGAGAAGCUAAGGAAGACUGAAGAGAUCGCUACGGAGCGCCAGAAGCAGCUGGAGAGCAUGGGCAUCUCUCUGGAAACAUCCGGGAUUAAAGUGGGUGAAGACAAGUGUUUCCUGGUCAAUCUGAACGCGGAUCCUGCCUUGAACGAGCUGCUCGUUUAUUAUCUUAAGGAGCGCACGCACGUCGGCGCCGACACUUCUCAGGACAUCCAGCUGUUCGGGAUCGGUAUCCAGCCGCUGCACUGCGUCCUGGAACUGUGCGCCGACGGCGAUGUCACCCUGAUGCCCGUCGGGAACGCCCGGACCUGCGUGAAUGGAACAAUGAUCGACUCGCUGGUGCAUCUCUGGCACGGAGACCGCAUCCUCUGGGGGAACAACCACUUUUUUAGGAUCAAUUUGCCGAAACGGAAGCGGCGGGACCGUUUGAAGGAGCUGGAGAGGGCCUCCCCCAGGGAGAGCUUCGCGGAGGUGGACGUGGAGACUGCCAGCGAGGCGUCUUCGGAGCAGGACUACAGCUACGAGUUUGCCCAGAUGGAGGUCAUAAUGAAGACGCUGGGAAACAACGACCCCAUGCAGAAUGUGGUCCAGGUUCUGGAAAAGCAGUACCUGGAGGAGAAGCGCACGGCUCUGGAGGAGCAGCGGAUGAUGUACGAGCGGGAGCUGGAAUCGCUUCGGCAACAACUUUCCCCCGAGAGAACACAACAGCACCACCACCACCACCACCGCAGCAGCAGCGAACGCCUCACGUUCCAGACGCACGCGUCGCACGGCAAACUGCGACUGUGGACCGAGGAACGGGACGAACUUUUCCGCCAGAGUCUCUCUCGGCUCAGGGAACAGGUCCUGAGAGCCAACACUCUGGUGCGAGAAGCCAACUUUCUGGCAGAGGAGAUGAGUAAACUGACCGACUAUCAGGUCACGCUUCAGAUUCCCGCGGCCAACCUCAGCGCGAACCGAAAGCGUGGAGCCAUCGUGAGCGAGCCAGCCAUCCAGGUGCGCAGGAAGGGGAGGGGAACUCAGGUCUGGACCAUUGAGAAGUUGGAGAACAAGCUGGUGGACAUGAGAGACCACUACAGGGACUGGAGGGAAGGCUCGGAAGAACUGGCAAACGGUAAACACUGUGACCCGUUUUAUGAGGCGCAAGAGAACCACAACCUCAUAGGAGUGGCUAACGUUUUUCUGGAGUGUCUUUUCCACGACGUCAAACUGCAAUAUGCUGUUCCCAUCAUCAGCCAACAGGGGGAGUUAGCAGGCAGGCUGCACGUGGAGCUGACGCGGGUCAGCGGCGCCGUCCCCGAACGCCUUUGCGGCGGCGACGACUCCUCCGAGAACUCCAGCGAGAGUAGCUGCUUCGAGGUCAUGGACACCAACGGCGAAAUUGUCCACAUGGCCAAGAGGCUCGUUAUCAGGGUUCGCAUCAGGGAGGCGACGGGGCUGCCCCUCAACCUGUCCAACUUCGUCUUCUGUCAGUACAACUUCUGGGAGCACGGCGAACCCACGGUGGCCCCCCCGAUGGUCAGCCCAGAGAGACCGACCCCUCGGAGCCCCGAUGCGCAGUUCACGGUCCAGUUUGACCACUGCAAAGACUACGUUGUACAUGUGACAGAUGACUUUGUGGAGUUCAUAUCUGAAGGCGCGUUGGCAAUAGAGGUCUGGGGCCACUGCUGUGCCGGAAACGGACGCUCUCCGUGGGAGUUAGACGCGCUGGAAGCCAAGACCCAGACGCUCCGAGACAGGUGGAGCGAGGUGUCUCGCCGGAUCGAGCUGUGGGUCUCCAUCCAGGAGCUCAAUGAGCAGGGAGAGUACGCCGCCGUGGAGCUGCAGCCUGGAAAAGACAUCAGCACGGGAGGAGUCUUCCAACUGCGGCAGGUCGGAGGAAAAACAGAAAACAUUGUGACUCAUGGCCACUCGCGGAGGCUGCACGUCAGCGUGAAGCCGGUGCAAAACUCGGGCACGCUGCCUCUGCUGGUGGAGGCCAUGCUGUCCGUCUCGGUAGGGGGCGUCACCUUGCGCUCCUCCAAACUGCAGAGACCCCUCGACACCUACCAGAGAGAGAUGCAAGACGAUAUGGAUAGUUAUCAGGAGGAAGAUCUCAGCUGUGUUCGAGACCGCUGGUCCGAGGCCUUAAUCAAACGACGGGAAUACCUCGAUGACCAAAUCAAGAAGAUCAUCAACAAGCACGAGAAGUCCGAGGAAGACGUGGAGCGCGAAGCCCGCCUGGUGGAGCAGUGGGUCGGCCUGACCGAGGAGAGGAACGCCGUGCUCGUACCCGCACCUUCGAGCGGCAUCCCUGGCGCUCCCGCUGACUGGAACCCGCCUCCUGGAAUGGAAGCUCACAUCCCAGUCCUCUUCCUGGAUUUGAAUGCCGAUAAUCUGACAGUGAAUGAGCAGCUGACGGGACCUCAUGCCGCAGGCGUGAACUCGAUCCUACCCAAGGAGCACGGAAGCCAGUUCUUCUACCUGCCCAUCAUCAAGCACAGCGAAGAAGAGGUGUCGGCAGUGUGCUCCUGGGACUCGUCCAUCCACGACUCGGCGCACCUCAACCGCGUCACGUCCCCGCACGAGCGCAUCUAUCUGAUCCUCAAGGCCACGGUGCAGCUCAGCCACCCGGCCUCCAUGGAGCUGGUCGUCCGCAAGAGGCUCGCCGUGAACAUUUACAACAAGCAGAGUUUCACACAGAGUCUCAAAAGGAAAAUGUCGCUGAAGAACACGCUUUACUCCUGCGGUGUGACCUACGAGAUUGUUUCCAACAUACCAAAGGCCUCGGAGGAGCCGGAGGAGAGGGAGACUUUGGCCCUCAUGGCUGCCCGUGCAGACAGCGACGAGACCCAGGACGGAGAAACCUACAUUGAGAAAUACACGCGGGGGGUUCUACAAGUGGAGAACAUCCUCAGCUUGGAGAGGCUGCGACAGGCUGUGACCGUGAAGGAGGCGCUCGCUACUAAGGGAAGACAUCUGAGAAGAAGCCUCAGCACACCAAACGUGCAGCAUGCUUCCUGCAGUAAAACAGACCUGACUGGCAGUGAGGAUGAAGACCGAAAAAUAUGCGAGGACCACUGUGAUCACGUUGACGGCUGCAAUCCUCAAGAUGGCUCUCUAUGCAGCACACCAGUCAAAAACAAGGAGGGACCAGGGCUGGUUCCGGAGAGUCCCACGUUCUUCAACUCCAGCCCCUUCAAGCUUCUAUCUCCGCAGCCGUCCAAGUUCCUCAAGUCCCUGCUGCCGGUCAAGGAGGAGAACAAGGUGAAGAAGGUCCUGGAGGCCCGACCGCUGCUGGGAGAAGACAGCAUGCGCUCAUGUGCGGCCGGCCCUGCGCUGCUCCCCCCUCCCUGCCCCUGGCGCAGGCCCAGGGCAGGCAGCGAGGGCCACUGCAAGCCUUCCGCCCCCACCCGCAGACAGCUCAGCCGCACACUCCCGCACGGCGCUCAGGAGUCGGAUGAGGAGGAGGCUGCAACGAGCACGACUGCGAACCGAGACCCGCAAGAUUACACCGGCGGCCUCCAGGCGUACAUCCCCGAGGACUUUGCCAAUUUCGACAUCUACAACGCCGCCCUCGAGAGCCGCGUCGACUCGAAGGAGGCGAGGGAGGCGCCCCGCAGCCCCGCCGCCAGCAGCUGCACCAGCGGUUACUUUUCCCACAGCGCCUCGAACGCCACGCUGUCCGACCUGCCGUUCAGUUCCAGCGAGAGUUCCGACCAUCUCAGCUGCGCCUCCAGGGAUCCCCAAGACGCGCCCGGAUGUCACGCCGGGAGGGGAUGCGCGCAAACUAAAGGCGGUCCCGCUGAAAGCGAAGACCAGCAGCCGCCGACUCCCCCUACUUCCCGACCUGUCGGCGUUCCUUUUGGCAAGCAAAGAACUUCCCCUCUGCCUCAAAACUGCCAUCUCAGUUGCAGUCAGGAGUUCACCGACUUUAAAGGGGCAGAUGAUGCUGAAGAGGUUUUGGGGGAUUUCACCAAGGGAUGGGAGCAAGAGGCUGUUGCUACGGCGACAAAACUGAAAAUGACAGAUAAGACGGAAACCUGUGGCGUCAGCAGUUCUGACAACACCUCAGCUGCUUCCCACAGAUGUCCCGUUCCAAGUAACGCUGUAAUUUGCACCGUCGCUCCGUCUCCGACCUCAGUGACCGCUUCCGCGUCGCCGUCCGCAGUCACGUCUUCGUCCAAAGCCCCGACCCUCAGAGGGGGAGACCCCCCGAUCCACGAGCCGGCGCAGGGAGACGUGCCCCGCGGCAGCCCCUGCCCCAGCCCCAACCCCAGCAGCACGGAGCCCUCGGGCGACUCCAGCGGGGACGAGAACGCCCCCGUCGCCCAGCUCCCCGACUGGAUGGCGCCCGGGGAGCCGGUGUGGGUGGGGAAGAGACGAGGAACGGUCCACUACGUCGGAGGAGUCGAGUUCGCCAAGGGAAUCUGGGUCGGUGUCAAACUGGACCUGGCAAUGGGUAAGCACAACGGUACGGUCCGGGGCAGAGUCUACUUCCGAUGCCCCCCAGGCCACGGCGUGUUCGUGAAGCCGUCUCGCCUGACGAGAGGUCCGCCUUCCGCGGACCCGGAACCCGCCACCCUCAUCAGAUAAGAUGGAAAGGCGACAGGCUGGUCCCACCGCUUGACUUCUUUGGCCAAGACUUUCUAAUUGAAGCUAAUCACUGAAUAUGCACAUGCUCAUUAUGCACAUAUUUUUUUAUAUAGAUAUAAAAAAAACAUACAACUGGGAGUCCAUAUAUGGAAAUUUUGGCCACUUCAUAUUUUUGUAUGGCUUGACAAACCUAAUUCCCUGAGACUCAUAUGAUGAUUCAUCUGGGAUAUGAAUAUUAAGAAUGUACUACUGUCAAUAAGCCUUGAUAUUUUCAUGCAUAUGUGAUAAUGUCAGGAGCAACCAAAGAGUUUUCAUAUCUGCUGUCGGGAGAUGAGUUGCAAAUGGCUGGAAACUUUCCAUGGGACGUUCAAUUAAAGAAUAUUGGAAAUAUUUAAUUCCAUUGAUUUAACAAUUAUUUCAUUCGAUUAAUAAUUAACUGGAAAUUUGGUUUUAUUAAUACCAACUAUCAUGAAAAAGCAUAAUAGUGAACACCCCUAAGUGGUGUUAGGACAAAUUCAUAAACAUUUUGAGAACAUUUAUUUUUUUUCAUCUCACAGGGUAGAAAAAAUUGCCUCAAAAGUGGUUGUUGCAACCUCGAUUAUGCUUUUAUCCAUCCGUUUUCUUAGCCGCUUAUCCUCACGAGAGUCGCGGGGAGUGCUGGAGCCUAUCCCAGCCGUCAAUGGGCAGGAGGCGGGGUACACCCUCAACUGGUUGCCAGCCAAUCGCAGGGCACAUCGAGACAAACACACAAUUACACCGAGAGGCAAUUUAGAGUGUCCAACUACCGUAAUUUCCGGACUAUAGAGUGCAUCUGAUUAUAAGCCUCACCCAGUACAUUUUUAAAGAAAAAAGCAUUUUGUACAUACCCAAGCCAAACCUGGUUAAAAGCCGCAUGUGCCCACAUUGAAACAGGAGAUAUUUACAAAGAAAGAUGGUGCACAGAAAGAGUUUUCGCAGCAGCAACACGCUAGCACAGGGUUAACACUAGCGCAGCGCUAACAGGGCCAGUUAAUAAAAAACAUACCGGUAAAAAUCACUAAGAUGCGUAAGUAACACAGCAGCAACACGCUAGCAGAACGCUAAAAGAACCUGUAAAAAAAGAAAUAAAUACCGGUAAUAAUCACUGAGACGCGAAGUAACACAGAAGCAACAUGCUAGCACAGUGCUAACAGGGCCGGUUAAAAAAUAAAGUAGUGGUAAAAAUCACUGAAACGUGGAAGUAACACAGCAACAUGCUAGCAAAGCGCGAAGAAGACCAGUUUAAAAAAAAGUACCGGUAAAAACCAUUGGGACGCGGAAGUAACACAGCGGCAACACGCGAUUAAGAGCGCUAACGCUAGCACAGCGCUAACAGGACCAGUUAAAAAAAAAGUCGAAACUUAGAGUCCGGAAAUUACGGUCAUGUUUUUGGGAUGUGGAAGGAAACCGAAGCGCCCGGAGAAAACCCACGCAGUCAUGGGAAAAACAUGCUAACUCCACACAAACGGUCUGAGAUCCGGGAUCUCAGAACUGUGAGGCCAACGCAUUAUUUCAUAUUGAUUUCUAUUUUAUUCCCUUUAUUAACACAUCCCAGGGACCUCCCCUGGAACGUUUCCAUCUUUGAAAAUAACCCAAAUUUUGCAUACCGAAUUUUCCGUUACGUUUCCUUCCAUACUGUAUGUGGAGGAAGACAGCGUAUACUGUAUAUCUGUAAACUUUCGUGCCAUACGUCUGGAUACGGACCGAUCCUCCGAGAUCAACCCGAAAACCUGCAUUGCCUUCACUUUUUUUUUUUUUUGUGACUCUCGAAUUAUGCUGUCGAAAGUACUUUCAACACUGUGGAUCGAACAAUCCCCCCCCCCCCAAGCAGCACCGGAACGGCGCUGCUUCGAACGCUUGCACUGGAAAGGCUCCUCGAAACACGGCCCGGACGGUCGGUCUCGCGUUGCCGUGACCCCGCCGGGCGAGUCCUUGACGUUUUCGACCGGGAAAACUGAAAAGCCGUAUGAUGUCAUCGAUGUAUGAAGUUAUUUUACGUUAGACGCCGUUCAGCACUUGGCUUGGAGGCUUUUUAUAGGCUUUGCCCGGAAAUUGGACACAAUGAAGUCUGGUGUCGGUAAAGGUGGACACAUAACCUUUAAAAAGUGACAAUGUCUACUUUUAUUUUGACGACCCCACCUAGCCUGUUCCGGCUUGUUUUUUUUUGUUUUUUGUGUGAAAUUGAUAUGUUGACUGACUGAUACAUAAUACCCCAGGUUAUUAGCAGGUACUCAAUAAUGCACCGCGUCCUUUUUUACGGACGCCCCGGCGAACGGCGUCACGUUAACGUCGCGCUCGACGAACGUGGCAAACCGCAGACAAUUGUGAUGUGACGACACCGUAUAUCAUGUAUGUAAAAUGUUCUAGAUGGAAAUGGAAGAGCGUUCUCUUCAGCUGCUCUCCAUUUUGUGGAGAUGUAAAUACAAGUUGUUGUUUUUUUUAAAAAUAGUAAACACGCUAUUAUAAUGUACAGAUUUGUAUUUGUUGUUUGAAUUGGUACAAGAAUGUUCUCCAGUAGAACAUUUACAAUCACCCUCGUUGACAUUUUCUGUUGAAUUGACUGAACUUUUAUUUUAUUUUAUUAUUUUUUUUUUUUUUAGCGUUACUAGUUUUUGCAGUCGCUGUCUCAUGAAAAGCAUGUACUGUAUUUCCAAAUAGUUUUUUUUUUUUGGGUUCCAUCCGAAGCAAACAAAAUCAUUUGUUUAAAAACAAACAAACAUUAAAAUAAAGAUUUUCUAUGUAAAAUGAAAUGUGACCGCGAUAAAUAUUUUAGCGUGAUGCUUUCUGGAUUGUAAAUUUAUGAGAUUUUGAACACAAAGCUAUAUUUUUGUAUUUGAACUACAAAAUGUGUGUAUUCUGUCCAAUGAAAAGCAUGCAUUGCCAAUGAGAUAUUCUUUGUAUAAUAAAUACAAAAUAUUUGGUAAAAUCGUAAACUUAUUUUUUUCCAGAUCAAAAGUCACCAAUUGUGCCCAUGUGCAUGCUUUUCAUUAGCCAGCGACAGUGGUAGAUAUAGUGACGCCUCGGUUUUCGACCACAAUUUGUUCCAGAAAAUGGUUCAUAAAGUGAAUUGUUUGAAAACCAAAUUGAUGUUUCCCAUUACAAUCAAUGGAAAAAGAAAUAAUUCGUUCCAAGCCUAAAAAAUGUGGCUUUUUGAAGCUUUUUUUUUAAACUUUUCCUGA